UCGUGGCAGCACCUAUACGAAUGCGAAACGAGACGAAAACACAACACACGUGUUUUUGUGCGGACGCUCCGAAAAAUUUCAAAAUUAUUUUCCAGCAGGUUUUCCUCUGCUAAUCUGAAAGCAUUUUCUUCCAAUCAUCUCGGAAUAACGAAGAUCUUCUGCACAAUGCCUGAAAAUUUGGGCACCCCUUUCGUGCUCUGCACCACGCAGAGCGACAGCCGAUUGCUGGGAGUGGAACCCGUCGAUGAGGACUGCAUUUUGGCCACGUUCGACAAAGUUGUCACAAAGUAUAAGGUUGUUGACCAGAAAGCCGUGGCCAGUUGGUCUUUGAAAGAAGGCUUCAGCUGCCCAGCCAUCUACGACUCGACUAAUUCAGUCUAUGUGGCAGUGACCAAAAGCAAUCAAAUCCUCUCUUGGGACGAUGACACUGAAAAUCUGCAGAAAUUAAAAAAGAACACGGUUCUUUCGCCUAUCUUAAAAUUGAGUGCUUUCGAUGGAGUAGCAAACGUUGUUUUCCAAAAAGGGGCAGUUGUUCCAGUCAAUGAAUCUAUUUCUAGAAAGAAGGAAAAAAUGCCAGAAAUUUUGCCAGCAAAGGCAUCAAAAGUUCUUUUUGCAAAAGACAAGCUUGACCAUUUAGCAAUAUUUUUCUCCAUGGACUCUUCUCUGUGUUGGAUCCUAAGCAGUGGUGAAGUGAAGAGCACUAUUGAAAUUGUUAGAAACGGUUUUCAGCUUUGGGAUGUUUCCUUCGAAGGCACUUCUCUCAUCACAUUUUGGAGUGAUAUGCAGAUCUUUUUAUAUGAUUUAAACGGAGAGAAGGAAUUCCCAGGAAAGAGCCUUGGAUCUGUUUUGAGUUUGCAGGAAUUUUCAAAGGUGGCGAUUGCUUCUGUUGGAGAAAAUAACAUUCUCUUCUACGGAACAAAACCGGCGGAUUCGAGUGGGCUUAUUGGAAUCUACAACACAGCAUUCAAGGUGGUUCAGGAAGAAACGGCCAUAAAAAGUGCUGAGAAAGUUCCAAAAGUGUUUGGGCCGUACUUGUCCUACAUUUUUGUCCCUUGCGAGAGUCAAGUUAUGUGCGCCUCAUUUGGGUUGGUCAACACAGACCUUUCUCAGUUUCUUGGCAUGUCAAGCCCCUUAGAGAGUUCUAAAGUUGAGAUGCUUGAAUGGGACGACUCUCCUGAGGAAGAAUUUAACAUUUCUGUUCCUGAAAAUUUGGCGGAAGGUUUCAGUAAACUUUUAUGCCAAGGACUUCCAGAAUACAAGAUCAGCGAAACAAUGAUGCGGCCCUUGAUGGAGAAAAAGCAUAUUGCUUCAAUCACCCGCCUGCUGCAGACCAUGUGCAAAAUUUCAGAAAAAACUCUGGUCAAGUUGGUCUCACUCUGUCUGCGAGGCGAAGAACAAGAUUUUUCCGACGGCCAUUCCGACGUUGAAGAAUGUUCUGCGUCGUUGCCACCAGAGUCGCCUUUGACGGGUGGAAGGAAGAGACUGUUGCACCUCACACUCUCAAAGCCAUUCACCUCGAGUAAACUGCUGCCAGAAAUAAGAAGGCACAUUUCCGCCCAAGAUGCAGUUCUCUUUAUUCAACACAUUGCUGCCCAACUUUGGGACGGUGACGAUCAAAACGUUGAAAACGAGGCUCUUUUGAACCAAAUGGUCGCGUGGAUUUCUGUAAUUUUGGAUGCUCAUUACCAAUACUUCCUCUUGACCUGUGAUCAGCAAGUCACAACCGUAUUGAAUGCCCUUUUAGCAGUCAUCGAUUUGCAAAUUGUGCAUACAAAAGAAAUGGGAAAACUGAAGCCUUUAAUUGAGCAAGUGGUCAAGAAAUAUGAGGAUGAAACCAAAACAUUUACAUCUCAGCUUGCCAUUUUUCCAUUGACGGAUCCUACCUGGAAUGAUGAAGAGAAUAAAUAAAUUUUUUUAUUAAUUUUACAACCACUGUAAUAAUUUAUUUUUCUUGAUCUAAUCAUGAUCAAAUUAAUUUGAGCUACUUGAAAAUUAAAAUACAGCAAAAAAUGAUAUAGUUAUAAUGUACAACCCUUCCAAUUUUGACAAAAGCAAGAAUUAA